AUGGCGAUACGCGGCUUGGUGUUCGCCAGUAUGCUGGCUGUUGCUGCCGCCAUAGUGUGCCCUCCAGAGCUUCUACAGGGUGCUCCCGUGGGCCGAACAGAAGGCUCAACAUGCGGCGGCACCUGCAACACCCAUGGAAGCUGUGCGGCCGGGCUCGUCUGCAAGGAGCCGUCGACCCCAUUCCUUGGCGUGAGGCCGGCAGGGCUUUGCAUCUCAGCUGCGAACCGGCUGGCGCUGGACAGCAGCGACAUCCAGCCUGUUAUCAAAGAGGCUGUGCAGCUGUUGAAUGGCCAGCUGAGGAACAGCAUCUACAUGAUGGUGCCCAUUGCUGUCCUGGGUGCCGAAAAGAAGCACACUCCACAGGGCGUUGUGCGCAGGGCUCAAUUGUACGACCUGUCGCUAGCCCUGGUUUCCAGCACAUGCCAAAACGACGGACGUCACAGUCCGCUGGACCUAAGCUGCCAACCACAGCAUGUGGUGAACCCAAUGAAUUUAGACCUCAUCGUACAGGAGAAGGACUCCCAGUACACGCUGCUGGGCCAUUCCAGCAUCGACCGUCCCAUGCCUGUGCCGCUUAGAAUCUGA